GAGAAUUUUGAUAUAAUCAUGUAUCGGUAAACUACGUUUAUCAACAUUUCAAUUUAUGAUUUUCGUAGAAAAAAAAGAUACAUCUUCAACACAAUAGCUUGGAAUAAUUAGCAAAACUACAUUACUGUUUUGAAUAUUGCAUUAAGGACACUGUUAGUCUAACAGUGUUUAGAUGUGCACUCUUUAACCAUAAUUUCAAAUGCAACUAUUAAAUUAUUCUGAGAUUAAAUCGACAAAAGCUUGAAAUCUUGACGUGUUUAUACAAUUGAAUCAAUCAUUUGCAUGCACACAAUGAAAGGCCUUAUAAUUCCAUGUAAUUUAGACGGAACAUAAGGGCAUGAUUAUCCAUGUUUUUUAUUAUUAUUUCUAGCUUAAGACAAUGUUAAGGACUUUUAAUGAAAAUUAGGAUUAUUGGUAGGACUUAAUGUUGGUCCUUAGGGUAAAUUCAUUUGUUGAAGAAGCUGAAAUUCAUUUGUUGAAGAAGGUGAAAUUUGUGAAAAAGCAAAACUUGUAUUACGUUUGAUUCUGAAAAUAAAACGAACCAACUCUUGGAACAUUCCUUGUGCUCUAUCUUCUUGUACUUAUCCUUCCAUGUUUUAUAAAAACAUUCCUGCAUUUCUAGCACUUCGUGACCAGCAAGUUUCAUCACACCCACAACAGAUAGCAAACUUGCAUUCUGGUUCUUGACAAACUUGACAUCACCAACACCUAUCACUCUCAUCAGCCAACCAUAUACAUGACAAGUCUCCAAUCUAUUCCACUUAGCUAGCUUAACAAAGACACCACCCCGUUCCCACACUCUAACAAAAAGAGAUAAACCCGAGAGUCCCUUUCCCAUCAACACCUUUUGCAUUCUCCAAUGUUCGCAUGUGACCCUUUAUUAUUAUGGUCAAGUUGUGGCCUGGUUCCAGUCAACUCCUUUCUUUUGAACUUAAAUUUCCAUGUCUUUAGCAUUUUACUCACGAUCUUCUGCUGAUUCUCUCUUCUUCCUCUUAAACACACUUGAUCAAACAGCUGGUGUGCAACUAAAUCAAUAGCCCCCACUGACUUUUGAGCCAACUUCUCCACCGAAUCCAUAUCUAAAAUGUAUGCUUGUUCAACCUUUGGAGCACUCCAAACACCAACAUCGUAUGAAUCAUUGACUAGAAGCUGUGAGCUACUGUUCUUAAGCAAAGCAGAAAGCAAUUCAUCAACCCUAUGGCUUGGUUCCGUAAGAGAGUUUAAUACCUAAAUCGAAUCUUUUCGUGGAAUGAGAUGAUUCUCUCUUACUUCUGUUUCACUAAAUGGUUUUAGAAGGGUUUAAGGGUUUCGAGAAAUGGGUAGAUAGAACGCCAUUGUUCAAUCAUCAGAGGAGGAGGAAGAAAAAAGCUCGCCAGCUGUUACUAAGGACCAUCUCAAAAAACUUUUUAAUUAAGGACAAAUGACUUCCGUUUCUUUGUAAUUUCUGCAUUUUUCAUUUAUUUCUCAGCCCAAUAUAGUUUAGGACUCUGUCUAAGGACACCAGUAAAAAUGGUGUAAGAGCAUAAUUAUUGGGGGUUCUUAAGGUGAGGUUCUUAACGGAAUAUAAGAACCCGUCUCUUAACUUUGAACUAAAAAAAGUUAAGAACCGGUUAUUAAAACUCUUAUUUAAGAGUCGGUUCUUAGCUUUUUUAGUUAAAAGUUAAGAGAUGUGUUCUUAUAUUCCGCUAAGAACCCCCAAUAAACGUACAACACAUGCCUCAUUUAGACAAAAAAUAUAUUAAAAAAAAACAUCCUUGAACUGGUCAAUAUCGCUAAAACUAAGCAACAUCAUGACCUCGACCUCAAAUUAGUCCGUGCAUUAAUCCUAAUCACACACAGCUUAAGCUCCAAUAAACAUAAACACACAAAUAACUCCAAAUACUUCUUCCUAAUCAUAGUUCAGAUUUUAAAACCAUGUCACGAGACCCAGUUCCCGCGUUUGAUGCAUACAAGCACCUCAACCUCUCAAUCAACCCCGACGGCUCUUGCACUCGCAACUUCGAGUAUCCAAUAGUCCACCCCGACCCCUCCCCGUCCCCUGGAAAGCUCACCGCCUCCAAAGACAUCACCAUCAACCUCGAAACCGGCGUGACCGUGCGCAUCUUCCGACCAACCAACCUCCCUUCCAACGACAACACCAUCGCCCGCCUCCCGAUCCUCAUCCACCUCCACGGCUCCGGGUGGGUCCUCUACCCAGCCAACUCCCCCGCGAACAGCCGCGGCUGCUCCCAGAUGGCCAGCGAGCUAACGGCGAUCAUCGUCUCCGUCAACUACCGUCUAGCUCCAGAGCACAGACUCCCAACACAAUACGACGACGCAUUGGAAGCCCUCCUCUGGGUCAAACGCCAAGCCGUCGACAAAACUAACGGCGAGCCGUGGCUCAGAGACUACGCCGACUUCUCGCGGUGCUACAUCUUCGGCUCCAGCAACGGCGCCAACCUCGCUUUCCAGCUGGCGCUAAGGUCGUUAGACCACGACUUGACGCCGUUAAAAAUAGACGGAAGCGUGUUUUACCAGCCUUUCUACGGCGGGAAAACUAGGACGAAGGCCGAGCUUAAAAACUUCGCCGACCCGGUGAUGCCGGUGCCGGCGAUAGACGCCAUGUGGGAGCUUUCUCUGCCGAAAGGCGUUGAUAGGGAUCACAGGUACUGUAAUCCGGUAGGCUACUUGCCGCAGAAGGAGAAAGUGGGGCGUCUGGGACGGUGCUUGGUGAUCGGUUACGGCGGAGACACGUUGGUUGAUCAUCAGCAAGACUUUGUGGAGAUGCUGGUUACGGCUGGUGUUAGGGUUGAAGCGAAGUUUGACGAUGCCGGUUUCCAUGGGAUCGAGCUCGUUGAUCCACGGCGAGCUGUUGCUCUUCUCAAUAUGAUCAGAGAGUUUAUUAAUUAAUUAAUUAUAAUAAAAAUUAAUGAAAUAAGAUUUUAAUGUAAUAUAUGAAUGAAAAAAAAUUCAGCUUAAGUUAUGGUUAAAUAUUUUUUUGUAAAAUUUUGUUUUUGUGAAAUGAAUAAAAUGAUCACUUUGUUUGAAGUAAUAUUCAAAGUAAAUGAUGAAAGUCUAAUUUAAACUAGUGAAAAUUAAAAUUAUCACUUCUUAAUUUACUUGUAAUUAAAAGUAGUUCAGUUCAUGUGAUCAGCUUUAGAAAAUAGAAAUCCAAAGAUCUGACGGUGGAGAUAUCAUCCUGAAAUAAUAUAUAAAAAGCAUUUUCAUAACACUGAAGCUGAAAGAUCUUCAACUUACCAAAACUGUUUUACCAAACAAAAAAACAAUGUCAUCUAUGUUGAAGCUAUUAUAUAUGAUGGUGAUUGAUACAUUUAGUUGUGUGAAGAGGGAAAGUUUUGAGAAAAUGAUGGACUCGUAAUUAGCUAGGUUUCGGAGAAGAAGACAUUGCAUUUGAUCAAUGAAGGAUGCUCAGGGAAAGCAAGAAGUGAUUGUCAAUGUUGCUCGUGGGGCAUUUAAUCGAUGACAAAGGAGGUGUUACAAGUUUUCUAUAGUAUUUGUUAAAUUGGCGGGUUUUGGUUAAAUAUAAUUUCAGGAAAGAACUAACCAUUAGUGCACAAGACCAGAUCCAAAGAUACAUAAACAUGUGUCUAAACAAAGUUUUGAAACGGAAACAACCAUGAAUGUGCUCUUUCACUUUUGCACACACACCUAAAGCUCAAUUGACGAGAAACA